AUGUCUACUCUUCCUUUCGCGCCUUGUGUCACCCAUGCGCACUUUAGUCACUCCCUCUCCCCCAUGUUUAUCCUGCGCCGGCUCCCCCUUACCCGCCAACUCCGCUUCUCCCGCAAUAGCCGCGUCGCCUCCGUCGUCUCCGCCGCCGCCGUACGCCAGGACGCCACCCUCUGGACACCAGCCCCUCUCUCUCUCAUCGAAUCGGCCGCCGAAUCGCUUUUCCACAUCUCGAUCGACAUUUCCAACGCUCCCGAUCUCGUAGCCUCGUACACGCGACCCGGUCAGUAUCUUCAGCUCCGUGUUCCUGAUGUCGAGAAGCCUUCGUUUCUGGCAAUCGCUUCUCCUCCUUCCUUCGCGGUUGCUCGUGGUGCGUUCGAGUUUUUGGUGAAGAGCAUCGCUGGAUCCACCGCGGAGAUUCUCUGUGGGUUGAAGAAAGGGGAGACCGUUGAGCUUAGCCCUGUGAUGGGUAAUGGCUUCGACAUGGAUCAGAUUGAUCCUCCCGAGCAAUUCCCGACGGUUUUGAUUUUCGCCACUGGAUCUGGAAUUAGUCCCAUCCGCUCGCUAAUCGAAACAGGAUUUGGCGCUGAUAGAAGAUCUGAUGUUAGACUCUAUUACGGUGCAAGGAACCUGAAAAGAAUGGCUUAUCAGGAGAAGUUUAAAGAGUGGGAAUCAUCGGGUGUCAAAGUUGUGCCGGUACUAUCACAGCCAGAUGAUGGGUGGAAAGGGGAAACGGGAUAUGUGCAGGCUGCUUUUGCUAGGGCUAAACAAGUUUCAGAUCCCGCAGCCACAGGAGUGGUGCUGUGCGGACAGAAACAAAUGGCUGAGGAGAUAACCACAAUUCUUGUAGCCGAUGGAGUCUCAAAUGAGAAGUUGCUCAAAAACUUUUGA